AAGAAUACGCGCGUCGAUCCGUCCAAUAGCAAGCUACAAAAGCACAGGCCUUCCGAGGACAAGUAAGCAGAGCAGCCAGCUAGGAAUUCAAGGAGGAGCCAUUCGAGUCGACCCUGCAGCGAGAGCUGCUCCUCCAUGGCCACCACCACCUACCCCCUCCUGCUGCUGCUGCUCCUCCUCGCGGCGACGGCCGUGGCCGCCAGGGCGGUGUCCGGCGGCGGCGGCGGCAACGGGACGACGCCGUCGGCGUACGAGAUGCUGGAGCGGUACAACUUCCCGCGGGGCAUCCUGCCGGCGGGCGUCCAGGGGUACGUGCUCCGGCCCGACGGCGCCUUCGAGGUGUACUUCCCGCGGCCCUGCGAGUUCCUGCUGGCGAGGCGGUGGCUGGUCCGCUACGAGGCGCGCGUCUCCGGCUCGGUGGCCGCCGGGAAGCUCACGGCGCUGCAGGGGAUCAGCGUCAAGGUGGUCUUCCUCUGGCUCGGCGUCGGCGAGGUGGACCGCGCCGGGGACAAGCUCAGCUUCUACAUCGGGCCCGUCGCCACCUCCUUCCCGCUCGGGGACUUCGCCGAGAGCCCGCGCUGCCGCGGCUACGACGACUUCACGGCGGCGGCCUCGUCGUGAUGGGCGCGUGCGAUGAGAUUCUUAGCGAUUGGUAUUUGUGUAUCCGCCCUAUGAUUCAGCUGGCUAAUAGCUAUACGACGUGUUGUGGAUCGAUCGAGAGUACGAGCCGGCGAUUAACCUUUUUGUUUGUUGACUGUUAUUAUAUACGGGGAACUGGAGCAAGUUAUUUGGUAAAUCCUAGUUCUUGAUGCUGCUUCA